AUGGCGCCCUGCGCCGCAGCCCUGGCACUCUGUGUGGCACUGCUCCUCGCCCGGCCGACCCACGGUGAGCGGCUGGCGAGGCCCAGGAAGGUGCACUUCACUGCAGAGAUAGCACAUCACCUCCUGCGGUGGGAGCCGGGAGACGACCCCCCCAGCGACGUCCGCUACGAAGUGGAGCACAAAAUCUACGGCACGAACGCCUCCUGGGCAGCCAUCCCAAACUGCAGGAAGAUCUCGGGGCACUCCUGUGACCUCACGUACUACACCCUGGAUCCCGACCGGCGCUACUACGCACGGGUCAGGGCCGUGUCUGGGAACCUCACGUCCCUGUGGGAGAGGACCAACUCUUUCUCUCCACGACAAGCCAGCCUGCGCCUCUCGGGCCAGAGCCUCUCCGUGGUGGGCAACACCGUGCACGUGCAGCUGCAGCUGCUGCUCAGGACAGGGAACCUCACCGUGAAGUACGAGGACGUACAGAAGCACGCGAGGCGGUACCGGGUGUACGUCAGGAGGGUGCAGGACAACCGGACGUAUGAAGUGAUUGAGACCACUCCAGAGUUCCAGAUCAGCAGCCUGUUCUGGGACACGGAGUACUGCGUCAGCGUGGUGCCCGACGUGGCCAGCCGGCAGAUCCGCGCCACGCGCACCGACGAGCAGUGUGUCACCACCGGCCAGAGAGACAGGAGCGCAGAACUCAUCCUGGGCAUCGGCAGCUCCUGCUUCAUCACCCUGUUGCUCUUGGGUGUCCUGGGGUUUCUGCUGGUGUGCACCUACAUAAAGAAACCCAUGAAGCCACCAUCCGUCCUGAAGUCUUUCAUAAAGCAGAGCUCACUCUGGGUGGAGGAGUUGUCCGAGUCCUCGUCCUCAGGCAGCCCGGACACAGAUCCUGUCCAGCAGCUGUUCCUGUGCCAGAAGGAGCCCCAGCAGGACAGCAGCCCCGUCCACAGCACCAGCACAGCCCAGCUGCCCCUGGAGAAGGGCUGGAGGCUCCCGGUGUGGCCCAAGGACUGGGUGUGCCCGCUGGGGCUGGCGGCCCCGGGCAGCAGAGACAGCAGCUGCACCAGCACUGACAGUGGCAUUUGCCUGCACGCCUCCUCCUCCGAACUGAGCUGCCCCUCAGGCCCCGAGCCCCACGGCUACAAGCCAUCAGGCCCGGAGCCCCACGGCUACAAGCAGCAGCUGCCCAGGGGCGACGACAGCGGCCUGGGCUUGGGGAGCACCGGCCCGAGCCCCACGUGCUCCUCCGGCAGCGGGAACACCAGGCCCCCCCUCGGAGAGGAGCUCAGCCCGAGCCCUGCCAGCAGCCAGGGCAGCCAGCAAGAGCUGGAGUUCCGUGGGUACCUGCAGCAGUCCAAGGGCACCGUGCAGCCAAGGCAGGAGCCAGCCGAGCGGGUGCCCUUCACGGGCCCUGCAGGAUCCUCGCAGGGCCCGAGCAGCACUGACACUGUGCUGGCUGUGGAGUGCUCUGAGUUGGCUGUGGUCAAAGGGUACCUGAAGCAAUCCUCUCCCGAGCACCCCUCUAACCACGCACUGGACCUUGCUCCACGGAGAGCCCCUCAGGAGCCCAAUGCCUGGGACUUCUCCAGCCAGGUGGGGCCCCAUGCCCCUGCUCUACUGAGCUAUGGGGCUCCUGGCGCUCCCUUGGCCUCCAAAGCCAGCCCUGAGCUUGUCAAAGCUCCCUUCAACCUGGAUAUCUUCAACACUGACCUCCUGGGGACGCUGCCCCUCAUCUCCAGCCUCAGCACCAGCAAGUGGCUCAUGCUGCAAACCAGCCCCGUGAGCCUGCUGCAUGGGGACAGCAAGGACAGCCGGCUGUGA